AUGGCGCCGACAUAUUGUGGCAUGUCCGGCAGGCCCUUGGGGCUGAUGGUGUCGACCAUCGCUACCAUGGGUUUCCUUCUUUUCGGAUAUGAUCAGGGUGUCAUGUCUGGUAUCAUCGAUUCAGACGCCUUCGGCAAGUUCAUGCCCCUCGUCGAUGACGACUCCACCAUGCAGGCCUUGGUGACCGCCAUCUACGAGCUUGGUUGUCUGGUCGGUGCCAUGUACGCACUGUUUGCUGGUGACAAGCUGGGUCGUCGCCUCAUGAUUAUGCACGGUGCUGCGGUCAUGAUCAUCGGCGUCAUCAUUCAAAUUGCUGGUGUUAAGGGCCAUGGAGGUACCGCUCAAUUUUUCGUCGGCCGUAUCAUCACUGGUAUCGGCAACGGAAUGAACACUUCCACCAUUCCAACUUAUCAGGCCGAGUGUUCGCGCUCCUCCAACCGUGGUCUCCUCAUCUGUAUAGAAGGUGGUAUCAUCGCCAUCGGUACAAUGGUCGCCUACUGGAUCGACUUCGGUGCCUCCUAUGGCCCUGAUGACCUUAUCUGGCGUUUCCCCAUCGGCUUCCAGAUCUUCUUUGGUGCCAUCAUCAUCAUCGGCAUGUACUACCUGCCAGACUCACCUCGCUACCUCAUCUCCAAGGGUAAGGUACAAGAGGGUGAGUUCGUGCUUGCUGCCCUUGGUGGCUAUGAGAUCGACGCCCACGAGACUCAGAUCCAGAAGCAGCUUGUUAUCGAGUCCAUCGAGGCUGCUGGGGUUGCCGAAGGCGCUGGCUACUCCGAUCUUCUUACUGGUGGCAAGACCCAGCACCUGCGCCGUAUGCUGAUCGGUUCUUCGUCUCAGAUUGCCCAGCAAUUGUCUGGCUGCAACGCUGUGAUUUAUUACCUGCCUGUCCUGCUGAAGAAGUCUCUCGGCCAGACCGAGUUCAUGUCCAUGCUCAUUGGUGGCAUCAACAUGAUUGUUUAUGCCAUCUUCGCUACAUUCUCCUGGUUCUUCAUUGAGAAGAUCGGCCGUCGCAAGCUCUUCAUCGGUGGUAUGACUGGCCAGAUGAUUUCUAUGGUCAUUGUCUUCGCCUGUCUGAUCCCCGACUCACCCGGACCUGCGAAGGGUGCUGUUUUCGGUCUUUUCCUCUACAUGUCCUUCUUCGGUGCAUCCAUUCUGCCCCUUCCCUGGUUGUAUCCCGCCGAAAUCUCGCCUCUCCGUACUCGUGCCAAGGCCAAUGCCGUCUCGACUUGCUCUAACUGGCUGUUCAACUUCACUGUUGUUAUGAUCACCCCGGUCAUGAUUGAGAGUAUCUCCUGGGGCACUUACCUAUUCUUCGCCGUGAUGAACUUCAUCUUCAUUCCCCCCAUGAUCCUAUUCUACCCCGAGACCGCAGGCCGCAGUCUAGAGGAGAUUGAUCUCAUCUUUGCCAAGGGUUAUUGCGAAAAUAUCAGCUAUGUCAAGGCUGCCCGUGACCUGCCUAAGCUUACUGAUGAGGAGAUUGAGGCCAAGGCUGCCGAGUACGGUUUCGAGUCCAGUCGCCGUCAAGUGAUGGCAAGGGGGGUGCACGAGGAGGCCGAGAACUACGACAGUCGCUCCUAG